UUGUUGGGGUGGCAUAAGGCAUCACAUGUAUGGGAGCACCUACACAUCGUCCCAACCACUGCCCUUGCGUGAAGUGAGGUUCCUUCACUCCGUAUGCAAGCAAGCCCAUGGCUCAGCACGGUUUGCCCUGCUUACCUCCCUCCCUUUCUCUGCUCAGACUUGGCCAUUGACGUCCCUGGCCAUGGGAAGGUGGUGGUUGACAUCGGCUACGGCGGCACUUUCUACGCCUUCCUUAGCGCCGAGCAGCUGGGCCUUGAUGUGUGCUCCUCAAAGACCAGAGACCUUGUCAGUGCAGCGAGCGCAGUGACAGAAGCGGUGAAGAAACAGUUCAAACUUCAUCACCCUGAAAGUGAAGACCUGGCUUUCCUCUACGGCACCAUCCUGACAGAUGGGAAAGAUGCCUUUAGUGAGGAGCCCACCACCAACAUCUGUGUGUUUGCAGAUGAGCAGGUUGACCGAAGUCCGACAGGUUCGGGUGUGACAGCUCGCAUUGCCCUGCAGUACCAUAAGGGACUCAUCCAGCUGAAUCAGACCAGAACCUUCCGGAGCAGCACCACAGGCUCCUUGUUCACUGGGAAGGCAGUGAAGGAAGCCAAGUUUGGCGACUACAACGCUGUCGUUGUGGAAGUCUCAGGAGAAGCCUUUUACACUGGCACAGCCACCUUCACUGUCGAGGAGGAGGACCCACUCAAAUACGGCUUCUUGUUCAAGUGACCCGAGCCACGGGUGAUGGCAAAGUCUCGCUGGUGGUGCUGUGCUUCUCCUGCCCGUGAAUUUCUGUUCUUGCUGCGAUAUGCCAGAGCAACGGGAACAGCUUUGGGUGGUGUGACAGCAUCUGCCGUGUUUCAAGAUAACAAGCUGUGUUGCCCUGUUGUGAUGAGCAUAUUGGGUGCGCUGUGAUUAGCAUAAACGGGCUGCUCUGAGAAGCCAUAAUAUUUUUCUUCUUUUUUUUUCUUUUUUCCCCAGUAAUUACUCACAGAAAACAGAACUGAUCUUGGAGAGCUGUCUUCAAAGUUAUGUGCCUUCUCUAUAUCUGAAAAUUAUGAAUUUUAAAACCAGAUUCGUAUUAAAUGCCAGCUGAAAACAC